UGAUAUUGAUGAGAUGCAUAAAGACGUUAAUGAUCAAGAAGUAUACCUAGAAAUAACAAAGAAUAGUUCAAACAAUUUAUUUCUUGUAUUGGCUAAAGAUAAUAAUAUAUCAGGUGAAGGUAAUAAUGUACUGAGUGAAGAUAAUGCACCUGAUGUAUCUUAUUCAUCCUACCAUCCUGAAUCAAGUAAAACAGAUGAUAGUAUUGAAUCUGAACAAAAAGAAAAAACUAAAUUUCAAUAUGAAUGGUUUGUUGAACCUGAUAUAAAAGAGUCAAAAUUGAAUGAAAAUGGAAAUAACAAUUUAUCUACUAGAAUUUUAGAAAUAAUUAGUUCUACAUUAUUGAAAGUAAUUUUUAAAAAUAUCAGAAGUGAAUAUACUCCAUAUCAUCUUUCAAACAAGGACAUUAUACAAUGUCAUGAGAUUUCCAAAGAAAUGGCAAAAAAAGUUGAUAAAAAUGAUAAUGAUUUAGUCUUAAAAGUUUUUGAAUUGAUGUAA